AUGCCACCAUCAGGUAAACCGGAUUCAUUAAACUCCGAGAUCAAUAAACCGGACUUCCGUGAGCUCAAUCUCGGUUCACCGGUUUCUCCGCUUCGUUCCCAGCCACGUGGACUCACCACAACCACAAGUAGUAGCAGUUCUAGCUCUUCCGGAUCUGUUACUAAACAUCCUCCGGUUAUCGGAAGAUCCGGUUCGGUUCGUGGUACUACUCAAUCCGGUUCGAGCAGCGGAAACCAAAGAACAAGACCGGACUCGGUAACUUCAAACUCAACCUCCUCCGCUACUUCUCCGGCGAAUGUACUUCCCACCGGAAACAUCUGUCCCUCCGGGAAGAUCCAACUCACCGGAAUGACGCAAAGCCGCUCGAGAAGCGACGUUCUCGGAUCCGGCACGGGAACGUACGGACACGGCAGCAUAAUGCGCGGCGGAGGAAGCAGUGUCUCUCCGGCGAAACCUAUCGGUGGUUCUAAGAAAGCGGUUGUUAGUUCUGAUGCAGAGGAAGUGAAGAGAGUAGGAAACGAAAUGUAUAGGAAAGGUUUGUUCAAUGAGGCUUUAAGGUUGUAUGAUAGAGCGAUAGCUUUAUCGCCGGCCAACGCGGCUUACCGGAGCAACCGAGCAGCUGCGUUGACGGGUUUGGGUCGGGUUGGUGAAGCUGUGAAGGAGUGUGAAGAGGCUUUGAGAUUGGAGGCGAACUAUGGAAGAGCUCAUCAACGUUUGGCUUCAUUGCUUAUUAGAUUAGGACAGGUUGAUAGUGCUAGGAAGCAUCUUUGUGUUCUUGGGAAACCAUCAGAUCCUAUGGAGUUGCAGAAGCUUGAAGCUGUUGAGAAACAUAUGAGCAAAUGUGCAGAUGCUAGAAGGCUUAGUGAUUGGAAAGCUGUUUUGAUGGAAGUAGAUGCAGCUAUUGUCUCUGGAGCCGACUUUUCUCCACAGCUAGGUAUGUGUAAAGUAGAAGCACUCUUGAAACUUCACCGGCUUGAUGAUGCACAGUCAAAGCUAUUAGAAGUUCCCAAACUAGAGCCGUUUCCUACCUCUUGUUCUCAGACUCGGUUCUCUGGUAUGGCCUGUGAAGCUUACACGCAUUUUGUCAAAGCUCAAAUCGAGAUGGCUUUAGGAAGGUUUGAAAAUGCAGUUAUAUCUGCUGAGAAAGCUAGCCAAAUAGAUCCACGAAGCAACGAAGUUGCUAUGUUACACAAUACUGUAACAUUGGUUGCUAGGGCUCGUGUUCGUGGUAACGAUCUUUAUAAAUCGGAAAGAUACACUGAGGCAAGCUCAGCUUAUGCAGAAGGGCUUAGGCUUGAUCCGUGCAACGCUAUUUUGUAUUGUAACCGGGCAGCGUGCUGGUUUAAGCUUGGAAUGUGGGAACGUUCAGUUGAAGAUUGUAACAAAGCGCUGCGGUUCCAGCCAAGUUACACAAAGCCUCUUCUCCGUAGAGCUGCCUCAAAUAGCAAGUUGGAGAGAUGGACAGCUGCAGUGAGUGAUUAUGAAGCCUUGAGAAAGGAACUGCCUCAUGAUAAGGAAGUUGCUGAAUCUUUGUUUCAUGCUCAAGUCGCGUUGAAGAAAUCUCGCGGAGAAGAAGUUUUGAAUAUGGAGUUUGGUGGUGAAGUUGAGGAAGUUUAUAGCCGUGAACAGUUUAAAGCUGCCAUGAAUCUACCAGGAGUUUCGGUUAUUCAUUUUUUGACUGCCUCUGAUUAUCAAUGCAAGCAGAUAUCUCCAUUUGUAGACUCUCUAUGUACUCGUUAUCCUUCUAUACACUUCCUCAAGGUGGACAUAGAUAAAUGUCCAUCGAUAGGCAAUGCAGAGAACGUGAGGGUUGUACCAACAGUGAAGAUAUACAAGAACGGGACUAGAGUAAAGGAGAUUGUAUGUCCAAGCAAAGAAGUGUUGGAGUACUCAGUGAGGCACUAUAGCUGUUAA